AUGUCUAAUUCAUUACUAUCCGAUCCCUCGAUCAUACAAGUAUCCUCAUCGGGCCACUCCACUAUACAGAGCCCAAUUCCAACAGGAAUCGACUCAUCUAGCACCGGAUCUGCUGGAGCUGGUAGCUCCAAUAACCUUGAACCCGGCAGUGCACUCUCGAAAUUACUCGACUCAGCUAUGGCGAAGGCAGCUAGCGAAUCCACACCGGAAUUUGAACCAAGAUCCAACUCCAACACCCCUAAUCAAGCAAGUUUAGACUCUCCUUCAUUCUCAUCUACUUCUGGGGACAAGGCAUCAUCAGCGAAGAACCCAGACUUUGUUUACUCGAUUGAAUUCCUUUUGACAUUGAGAGAUCUGCCACUAGUAAAACCACAUAAAAAUUUACCCUUUAUAAAUGAUAAGCAUACCAGGGCACCCUCAGGCCGUGAAUCCAAAAAACAGCAACAAAAUAACAGCAGUAAUAAUAAUGCAAGAACAGGCAAAAAGUCGAAAAAACAUGAUUCCUUUUUGAAUGACUACAAGCCAGGUUAUAUUAAAGCGGAAGAUCUAGAUUCACUUCCAGCAGACAAGAUUUCGCAUUUGUUAGGUGAAAACCCCGAUGAAAUAGAGCCUGAAUGGGAUUCUGUUGACAUCAACUCGAAUAACCCACUUAACAUGAGUAUGAGCCAAACGGUGGAAGAGUUUGAAAGAUGGAAACUUGAAAUGAGGAAAGAAGAGCGUCGUCUUAACGGUGAAGAGAUCGAUGAAAGAUUGGAAAGAGAAAGCAAACAGAGCCAGAAGCCAGUUGAAAACGAGGUUGAUAAUUUCUUUUCCUAUGUCAAGCCAACUGUAGCUGGAUCUAGUUCGGCUAGUGCAACUCCCGCUCCGGUUGUCUCUAGGAAAGUGUCUGAGACAGGAUCCGGAUCUGGAUCUGGAUCAGGUUCAAGUACUCCAAAGAUUGCAAAUAACGAGGCAAAAAGCUCAAAGUUUUCCUCUUUCUUUAAUGCGCCAUCCAUGCUGCAGCCUCAUAGAGCAGCACAACAACAACAACAACAACAACAACAACAACAACAACAACAACAACAACAACAACAACAACAACAACAACAGCAGCAGCACCAACACCAACAACAGCAACAACAACAACAGCAGCAGCAACAACAACAGCAACCAAUUGAUGAAAACCACUCUAGAUUUUUAAUGAUGAUGAAACAAAACCCACAAGGGAAUAGUCAAAGUCUCCCACGUACGCCAGGCCAACAGGGCCCUCCUGCAAUUUUACGUCAAGCAAGCGGCCCAACAGCAAAUGGCGCUCCAGGAACUCCAAGCACUCCAGGUGCACCAGGGCCGCCUGGAUUCAUUCAAAAUGGUAGACCAGGCCCAAUGGGUCCAAUGGGUCCAAUGGGUCCAAUGGGACACAUGGGACCAAUGGGAGCAGGACCUAUGGGACCACCAGGAGCCAUGGGACCACCGGGACUUUCGAUGAACAAUGAUUCUUUCUUUAUGUCAUUGAUGAGCAAAAAACCCGAGCAACAAGCUCAGGACUCCAAAUCUCCAUCUAAACCUUCAUUAGGUGGCAAGGCAGGCACACCUCAAGGAACUCAACAGAGUCCUUCUCAAGCAUCUAACCAGCAACAAGAGAUGCCUCCGUGGAUGAAGCAAUUUCAGCAUGCUCCACCAGGAAUGGGGGGCCAAUUCCCACCGCAAGGGAUGAAUGGUAUGCCACCUGGCAUGAGCAGACCUCCCCCACAGAUACAGGGACAAAUGCCAGGUCAAAUGCAGGGCCAAAUUCCUCCACAAUAUGCCAAUGGGCCACCAAUGAAUGGUGGGUUCCCUCCAGGGUUUAUGCCACCACCAGGAAUGUCAAUUCCACAAUUUAAUGGGCAGAUUCCAAGUGGUGUACCACCUCCACCUCAUUUCUUCCAAGGUAUGCCACAAGGCCAGCCUGGUCAACCACAGAGUCCUCAGGUGCACCAGGGCCGUGGUCCACAAACACAGCCUCCCGGUGGAUAUCAGGGACAAGCACAACCUCGCCCCAAAUAUUGA